UAGUCCUGGGGCUACGCUGGGAACUGUACAGAAGUUUUGGAUAGUUAGAUCACUCUAAAAAUGUCCAGCUCAAUCUAAAUUAGACUGCCUUGGGGGUAGGGUUAAUUUAGAUUGGGUCAGCCAUUUUUAGACUAAUCUACACUUCCUGGAACUUCUGUAUAGUUCACAUUUAGAUCAAUUUAACUAGGGAUCUAAGUGUAAGGACUGCACCUAGACAAACUAGGUUAGAUCAAGUGGCCAUGUUAAAUGUGAUCUAACCUCCCCUUAACCUCCCCAAAUACCUUUAUCUACCCUCUGUCUACUAAUGGAGGGUGGCGCUGUCACUAUGUAACAAAAUUGUGAUGGCAGCUUUAGUAAAAUAUUCCUAUGAAAUUAACUGAAAUCCCAACACUCAUUUAAUAUAGUUUGAGGAUCACUGCAUAGCCAUUAGAGUAGAACAACUUUCAGUCAGAAAACUGAAAGAAUCCAAAUUUUUGUCUAUUAACUUCUUUCUUAUUUAUUUCAGAUGCUCCAACUCCAUCUCCUUAUUGGCGAAUUGUGGCAGUGAUCCUUGGGAUCUUUUGCUUGGGUUUCAUGGCAACAGCUGGUGUCUUAGUUGUCAAGUUUACUCAGGUGUCCCACCUAAUGAGCGAAAGAGAAGUGCAAGAAAACCUCACACAGCAGCUGGAGCUUCUGCAAGCCCAGAACUUAAAUCUAUCAGAGACUCUAGAACAACUAGCAAGCUCGAGAGGACAUACAUGUACUCCUUGCCCUGAAAACUGGCUACAGCAUGGAGAGAAUUGUUACUACUAUUUUGCUGAAUGGAAAACUUGGCAAGAAAGUGAAGCUCUUUGCUCUUCUCUGGAUUCUAGAUUCCUUAAGAUAGAGAGCAAGAAAGAGCUGGAUUUUGUAAUGAAAUCAGCACAGUUAUACAGUUUCAAUUCUUUCUGGAUUGGUUUAUCUCAUAAUGGAGCUGGCCAACCAUGGUUAUGGGAGGAUGGCACACCUUUUUCCAGUGACCUAUUUCACAUCCCAGAAGCCAGCUCCACUUCUUCCCUGAUCUGUGUGUGGAUCCAAGGUACAAAUGUUAACACUGCGGAAUGUAGCGAUUACAAGUUCUGCAUUUGUGAGAAGAUGGUAAAUCCAGCGGGGAUUGGGCAAAAAGGCUUAUCAGACCGAUGACAGGGCACAGUACUCUAUAAGGAAAUGCAUCCUGGGUUCUGCGAUACUGAAACCAGUUCUGCCCAGUGAUUUCUAACAAAGACAGAUCCUAUUUCUAGCCUUCAUGAUUGUGGAAAAAUGCUUGAAAAUGUGACCAGAGUAGAACCCAGAAGCUCAAAAUCCAGAAGGCAACUACAAACAUUCAAAAUUUAUUUACUUACCAGAAUUUUAAUUCUCCAAAUUUUCAUGCCUGGUGUUGGCAAUACUGGACACUAAUAGGAAACUGUGUUACAUCUGGUGGCCAUCAAAGAAACAAUAUCAGGAUAUGGCACACUCUGUCCAUUCUGUCUGUUUGCUCUGGGUAAUUGUUUUCCUAAAUUCUAUUUUCCAGCCUGUAAACUGUGAAUUUUACAACCUGUAUAAAUAUUGUUGGUAACAAUAAUUUGUAUGGUAUACCUUUCCUCCUGAUCCUUUGUUCCUGAGGACCUCAAACUUCAGAGCUUUGUAAGCUGGCUGUGAAAAGCCAUAACACCAUAAGCUCCCUAUAUGUGGUGUCCUUAUACUUGCAUCUCUCUGGGAGGCUGAAUGGGCAGCAGGGAUACAAAGUCUUGGAAGUCUUGUUUCCAUGGCACCAAUCAACUCUAAAGCUGUUUGGAAAGAAUGAGGCCCUGUCAGCAGGAAAACUUGCCAGCUUUUCCUGUUCCCAUUAAUACCUUACUGAUGCAUUUAGUGAAUAUUAAGCUCUAAAAUCAAAAGAAAUAGAGAAGGAUAAAGGCCGUUCUGCUUUUGUAGUACCACAGACAUAAAAGACUGCUCAUCCUUAUAAGUUCUGUCUCACUAGUGUCAUUUAGUAUUUGAGGCUGUGAAAAAGAGGGCCUUUGUCCUAAAACUAGAUCGUUGGUGGAGAGCUGGGCACUGCUUUGAGUUCUCCUAAAAGCAGUAGCUAAUGACCCAGGAAAAUAGUCAUUUUAGGGUGGCUUAAAGACCAUGAUUGAACAGACUGAAUGCUAACUAGGACUGAACAGUCUUAGGUAAGGCAGUAACAAUAACAGCACUGAGCAUCUUUCAGUAUUUAGUAAUUUUAGUAGUCUAUUUAGUAAUCAGCAAUCCGGGCCUCAGAAAAACAGCAACAACAACAGAGUGCCUGCUGCUUCAUGGUCACGCUACUCUAAACCAGCAAUACUCCCAAUUUUAGCUAUAGGUCUUCACCUAGAUCUCAGUGGGUACUAUUAAUGUACCCUAUAGCUGAGGUUUAGCUAUAGGUCUUUACCUAGAUCUCUACAUGUACUAUUAAUGUACAUUUGGCUUAAUGCACGGUAAAAUAACAGCGCAGUCAGCCAGCCCUGGGAACGUAUCUACACGUGCAGCCUCUUGGAAGCAGAUUUUCUCCUUACUCAUAGAUUCAUAGUUGGUAGGGUCAGAAGGGACCUUGUAGAUCUUCUAGUCUGACCCCCUGCCAUGGGCAGGAGAGAAAACUGGGCUCAAAUGACCCCAGCUAGGUAAAUGUCAAGUCUGCUCUUAAAGACCCCCAGGGUAGGAGCCAGCACCACUUCCCUUGGAAGUUGGUUCCAGAUCCUAGCCGCCCUGACUCCGGAUGGGAGUAGCCUGCUCCAAGCCUCCUCCUGCCCUGCUCUGCCCCCCUGCAGCAGUUUGAGAGAGCUGGAGGCUCUGGCUACAGCUGCCUGGGUGCUCAGGCACUCUUUAAAAGGUUACCCCAUGUGUCUCAAUGUGCACUGCUUCUAACACUGGCUUCCCACUCAGAGCAGGGAAAGAGCCCAGGUGUCCUGGCUACUAGCCAGGCUCCUGAUCCCAUCCCUCCAAAAGCAAGUCAGAGCUGUGCCGGCAAGAAAUGGUAUUAACCCUUAACGUACAAUUUCUCAAAGCAUGUUCUAAUGUUAACACACCUUAAAAUUCCACAGAUUUAGUAUGGUUUAAGUAUAACAUGUAAGGGCAUUGUUACACGUUAAUUUUAGAUGGCUCCUGGAGCUCUGAACCCCUGGAUUUUCCACAUAUUAAUAUGUGAAACUAGUUUAAACCCCUCUUUAGGCAGCUUAAAGUUAUGCCACACCUGGCUCCUUUUAUCUCUGAUCUGUGUUACCUAGCUCAUGUUACAUUGAUGUCUAGCCACUCUAGGCUACACAUUAGUGUAAACACCCCAGCCACACCCCCUCUCCCUCCCUUCGGCCUUGUUUGGUUCCACUGCCCCCUUUUGCUUUCUCUGAUCCAGCUUCUGUCCCCUGCUACACUCCCCCCAGCCUGGAUAAGUCCAUUGCUCCCCUGCCACCCGCCCUGGAAUGGGGGAGGGGGAGAGUCUUACCUUUCAAGGCCUCUGCUGGCUUGAACAUGUGACUGCUCCAAACUAAAGUUAACACUAAAACUGAUCAACAUUUGAGCAGAUCGAAGUGCAAUGUGUAACUUCACACUAAGAAAAGUGUUGUUUAUUUGUAUGAGACCACGGAACAAUUGCUGUCUCUUUGCAUGGAACCAUGGAAAAAACAUUGUGCCUUUCUUUCUUUGGCCAGGCAGCAUGUCCUGUCUUUGCUAAAUAUUGCAAGUCUCUAAGCAGAAUAAACACAAUGCAAUAAUUUGAGAGCCAGAUUAACUUUUUCCCAUGGUUCCUUUUUAAGGCAUUCAGAGCUGAAAGACACUAUUUGUUGUGUUUACCUUACACAGAUGAAAAGUUGUGGAUACAAUACUACUGUGAACAUUUUACAUCACUGUGCAGUAGUGUAUGCUGUCCAAGGUCUAAUAUAAUCUUUUCAAAAGUAAGGUCCUAUUAUUAAGUAUAUCUUUAUAUGUAAUAAUGGAAUAAAGAUAAAUGUGUGAGUAAUUGGAUUUAGAAAUAGAAGGUAAAAGAUAAUAGUGAGCACUGAUUAUGAUAAGGAAAAAAUAGGCAAAUUAGAACUGGUUGAAAUAUUUUGACCAAAAAUCCAUUCAAUAAAACAACCAUUUUUUGAAAAUGAAAUAAUAUUUGUCAAAGCAUUGUGGAUUUCCUUGUUUCCAUUAAUUGUUUUGGUCCAAAAAAUUAUUAACAGCCCUUUUUCUUUCUCAGUGUGCUGACAGAUUUCAGCCUGCCAAUCUAACUCAUGGUGCUUUACAUAAAGUACAUGAGUUAGAGUGAACUCCUCCCCCCUUUCCCCCCAGCAGAUUUUUGCCUGUUGGGUUGUUGCAGGAAGAUUGAACCUGCCUGCAGGUGAAUAGAAAGCCAAGAAGCCACUCCUCUUCCCAACCCUGCCACUCCCUCUCCACCCCCCAGCUCUGGGGAUGUGAGUAGAAAGGGAAGGAGGAGGAUAGAGGAGGGAGGGUGCAGUCAGCAGCAGUGAGCUACCAGCUGGGUUUUGCCCAGCCUGAGCUGGAGGGUAGAUUGAAGCCCCCCUGUCUCACACCCCACAGCUGGCUGGGGUACUGGGAGGAACUGGGCUGAGCCCAUGAAGCAAGGGGCUAGGAUCCAACCCCCCUCCUCCAGCUCAGGCUGGGCUCUCUGCUACGUUUUCUCUCCCUUCUUCCCCUCCCUUCCUGCUGAGAGCCCUAGGGGCAAGGCUGAACUGCAUCAUCCCAGUCCUGAAUGCACAAAAAAUUAAGCUGAGGGGACAUAAGUUCCCUAAGGUGUUCUAAAGCAGAGCACCCUUAUCUGAUACCUCAUUUGAGGAGGGUUAAUUUUUCAUGGGAUCAGCCACUUCAAAGGCACUCUGCAGCCAUUCAGGUAUGUCACAGCAUGGCUGUAGAGUGCUUUUAGGGGGCUGAUCACAUAAAAAACCAUAACUUCUGUCUGCAUCCUUAUUUAUUUUUUAUUUGUAGGUUGCUUCUAGUUGUUUAUAUUGCUGGUUUUGAAGUAUUUAAAGAAAUAAGUGCAAGUAUUCAAUUUAAUAAGUAACAUUGUGAGUUAUUUAAAAUACUAAAAAUAAUAAAUAUGAAUAAUAAGCAUGGCACAAUGAAAAAAAAUUAAAAGCUAACACAAUUAAAAGUAUCUUUGCAAAGUUCUUAAUUUUCAAUAGUCAGACAAGGGUCUUUGGGUAAAUGUCAUAGCUUUUAUUAGCCCAAUUAAAUAGUUGGAAAAAUUGUUCUUUGCAAGCUUUCAGGUAGAAACACCCUUCUUCAGUUUCAAUACUCACUUCUAACAAAUUUUCUAGCAUAUUCAAAUAGUGCACCCAGGAGAAAAAAUCUCUAGACCAAUAUGUUCCAGAGUUUAUUUGUGCGCAUUACUUGCAUGUGUAGAUGCACCCUUUGAGCAGAAUUCUGUCAUCUUGUGAAUGAUCAAAGUACAACUUGUGACCAUCUCUGAGUUAUCCAACUAUUGUGCAAAAGUGAUUCUGUUACCCUCUCUGGCUGUGGCCACAUGAGUGUGGACAUUUGUUUCCCCAGGGAUA